UUUUAAUUGCACUGCAUCACAUGUUACAUUUUCGACGUCUCUUCUUUCGGAUUGCCAAAACCCUAAUUGGGGACUGAAUUUGGAGAGCUUUCGUGAAUUGAAGCCGCCGCCUCUGUUGCAAUUAGCAAAGGUAUCUCUUUUCUUUGGGUAUCGAUGGCUUGAUCACUAUAGACAAUGGAUGGAACAGCAAAAAGAACGAAACUUUGAAGCUUAUCAACUCUGUUGCUGCCGUUCCUGAUUCUAGCUGUUGAAAAUUUAGUUUUUUGUUCAGUCUGUGUUUGAGGGUGUUUAGAGUAAUUAUGGAUAGAAUCAGCUCUUUACCAGAUGAGAUUCUUGAGCACAUUUUAUCCUUUCUCUCCACAAAAGAGGCUGCUUUAACCUCAUCGCUCUCUACGAGGUGGAAGAAUGUGUUUGUUUUUGUUCCUAGUCUUCACCUUGAUUACGCUAGACAACAUGAAAAUCCGAGAGAAUUCAUUGAUUUUGUGGAUUUUGUGAAUACUUUGUUCAAUCGGAAAGGCAAUUCUCCUAUAAAGAAGCUUGCUUUAAAGAUUCAUCUCAAAGAUAAUCAAUCUCUCCAAAACCAAACUCAUGUUCAGAGCUGGAUACACAGAGUCCUUUCUCGUGGUGGUGUGACGGAUCUUGAUCUCUUUAUCACUUUCAAAGGAAAAUUUCAACUUGUGCCUUUGUUGAUCUUCAAGAGCAAUACACUGGUUAAGCUGAGACUAGGACGUGGUUUUACAAUCAAGCUUUGUCAUGAAAAUGUUUAUCUUCCUAUGCUUAAGACUUUAUGUCUUGACACUGUUGAUUUUGAUGGAGAUCAUAAUGUCUUUGAAACUCUUCUUCCUCGUUGCCCUCUGCUUGAAGAAUUGGUUCUUGAGGAUCAGCGAUGGAAACAAUGGUGUGGUUCUGUGUCUUCUCCAUCUCUAAAGAGACUACGCAUCCGAUUCUUUCAUAUCCCCAUUAUUUCGCUUGAUGUUCCCGGUCUUGUCUACUUGGAACUUUCUUGUAUAUUUGGGAGCAAGUAUGCAAAUGUUAACUUGGAUUCCCUCGUUGAGGCUAGACUCAAUCAUUGGGUGGAAGAACAAGAAUUACGGAAACUAAGAGAUGGGUCUUCUCAUCUAGUUCCUGCUGACAUGAUGGAUCUCAUCACUGGAAUCAGAAAGGUUAAGGUUCUUCACUUAACUAGUGAUGCUCUUGAGCUGUUUUACUUCUCCGGUCAAGAAUUACCCAUGUUCGACAACCUUGUUUAUCUAUCGAUCGCGAGUGACAAGAAGCAAGGAUGGCAAAUUCUGCCACUUCUGAUCAAGAACUCUCCAAAUCUUGAAACACUUGUCUUCAAGGGUCUAGAGCACUACACAACUAAACAAUGUGGGGAUGCAUGUGUUUGUUCUGGCAUUUUGGGGAAGAGCUCGUCUUGUCUGUCAUCAUCUCGAGUAAAGGUUCUGGAGAUAUGGAGCUAUCAAGGAACUUCGAAAGAGCUGAAACAAAUGGGGCAUUUCCUAAUGAAGUUACAAUUUCUUGAGCUGGUGAAAAUUCGUGCUGUAAGCAACCUCCAAGUGCCCAUUGAUAUACAGUAUCUUUUGAAGCUUCCAAGAGCUUCUUCAAACUGCAAAAUCCAAGCCAUAUUUUAACUAAAAGACUAUUGACUAGUACUUAUGGUUUUGCACAUUCCUUUUGAAUCACUCUUAAGUCAUGGAUGUUAAGUCUUUGUAUUUGGUUUAUAAACGCAGAUUUAGAAACAACAUUCAUGAACUUUAAGCAACUUGAAGCAAUCAUCGUAUUGUAUUAUCACAAUCAAAUACUAAUAUUUCGAGAUUUGACAAUAACACUGAUUAUAUACA